CAUGCAACUCGUGAAUGUUUCCUAACCUAAAAGAUCUCGCGACACUUCGAAACAGUGCUUGUUUGACGACAAAUAAUUAAAGAGAUUCGACUGGAAGUGUACUAGAUCCUUCCUGCAAUUUGUGAGUACAUUUAUCGCCUGUUGAAUGCAAGUAUUUGUUCAACGAGACAGAAGAGGAAGAAUGAUUCCGCAAUAGGAACGUAUUUUUCCGACACGAAUGCCUUUUAACAAAGCGACAGCUGAGAACUGAGAUUUCUGAAGGCAUUCGUGUAGAGAUAUAAUUUGCGAUCAUGUCUGGCAAGGGGAAACAGAGCUCGAAGAAAGCUGUGGUGAAGGUACGAGAGAGUGGGAAGACAGUACAGCCUCCUGCACUCAACUCGGAUACCAGUACAGAGAGCACAGAGACUUCAUUGUCAUUGCCAAUAUUAAAGAUCGCAGACAACAGUCGGCUUCUUCCAAGGUACAGCAGUAUCCUGCAACGUAGCGCAGAGGAAGGUAUAGGAAUGGAGGACCUCGAUACUUUACAAUUAGAAUUAGAAAUGCUCCUCUCUUCGGUGGUCGUGCGACACCGCAUGAUUCAAGAGGAGAUAGCAAAUUUAUCCUCUGCGGAGGAACGCAGGGACAAGAAAUCUAAGAGUGGAAAGGGUCUCUCGCUUCUCGACAAGAAGAUCAAAGAAGAAAAGUUCAAGCCUAAAGAGUUGAAUGCUAAGACCCAGUCCCCGUUACCCGCGAAGCUGUUCAAACAGAAAGCUGUCGCCAGUUCGAACUCUCAGGUCAUUCCAAACGUGCACGAGAUCUCGAGGAUCGAAGGUUCCAAGUCGGAAUCGCCUAAAUUACUUUUACCGAAGAACGACACGCCUAACAAAUUCUGGGCAUCCGUGGAUCCGUACUGCACGGACAUUAUGCCCGACGAUAUCAAGUUGCUGGAGGAACUGAUCACCACGCACAGCGAUAUCAGUGAUUACAGAAAGAUCCCGCCGUUGGGUCGUCAUUACAGUUUGAUGUGGGCGCACAACGACUUGCUGCAAGAAGAGGACGCGGCUAAUCCGACUAGGGACAAGAAGAAAAGUCGCUCCGACGUGUCUCUGUUAGUAGGGAAGAACGAUAAAAAGGCUCACAGUAUAGCAGGACCGCUGACUCAGAGAUUGGUCUCUGCUUUAUUAGAGGAGAACGUGUAUGUCGCGAAUAAUAAUACAGACAACAAGCUGUUCAGGGACAGCGAUCCACCUGUACUGAGGGAUCUCACUAUUCAAAAUUCCAUCAAUCUGGAAUUGAGAAUGCACAAGGAGCUGGUGGAGCAAGGAAUAUUGGAACCGGAUGCCCAGAAGAAGAGUCAAGAAGACGACGAAAUUCUAAUGGAGAUAAAACGUUGCCAGCAGGAACUCAAUGCACUUUCUAAUCACAACGUGACGCAAUUGAAGAGGCUGUUGAAUUUGGCACAGGAGGAGAGCAAGCGGCAGGCUUUGAAGAGGAAAAUCAGCACCGCUGAUAACGACGUCAUAGAGCAUUAUAAAAAGCUCAUGCUUUCGAAACAGAGGAAGGUACCACUUACAAAGAAGGAGCAAGAAAAAGCGUGGUCUUGUCUCCGUGAACGGGAGAAUCUUUUGGAUCAGCUGAAUAUGUUACCGCAAAGCAACGUAGAACCUAUAGGUUUCGGCACUACCACCAGUUAAAUAGUAAUUUUUUAUAUUGUAAAAUAUUCGAAUCCUGUAUAAAAAGUAAAUAUAAUAUCGAUUUAAUUUUUAAA